CAAUUUACAAGGUGGUCCAUAAUUUGCAGCAAUAUUGCUGUCCUAUGCUCCUAGCAUUUGUACUGUUGUAUUGUCCAGUAACUACAAGGCUGCAUAUGCAACUGCAAGUGGCUCUUGUUGCCCUGUCUUUUGCUCUCUAUUGACGUCUGGCAGUGGCAGAUGAUUACACCACAUGUGGAGAGAUGAGAUGAGCCCCACUAUCAUCUGAAAAGCCUGAUGGUGAAUCUUUAGAAGCCAACAAUGCCAGUGGAGAUGGAAGUUGAUGUUUGCUGUGAGCUGAAGAGAUAACCUUCUUUGGUUGAGAUGUGAGGCAGUUUCCAAGUCACCAGUCACAAUCUUCCACAUUGCUUCCUCUUGGUUAGAGCCCUCCUCAUAAAAGAUAAAACAAACAUCUCCAUUCCAGUUCAAUAAUUGAGAUUCCUCUCUGUCUGUUCCCUCCUUCCUGCUGGAAUAAUGAUUGUUAUUGUUAGCCAGUCUGAGUAAUACACGUGCAUUUCAUAUUGUCCUUGUUUACUACUAGUUAAUAGCUGUUAAGAUCUAAGACCAGCCUUCCACCAACAAAAUACAUACAGCUUCCACUAUGGUCAUCUGUCUUCUGGGAAGAAGAGGUAUAAUCUCCCAAUUCUAGUUCUGCCUCUCCAGUUGCAUCCUUCGCCACUCUCCCUACACACCAUCACUAGACUGGUGUUCAGACUUCACAGACCCCGACUCCCAUGGUUCAGAUGUCUUUACAGAGGAGCGUACCCGUAUAUCCCCGUUGCUGCUUAUCUGAUUCGCUACAUCGUGUGGGUGGUUCACGAAGAAGAUGGGCCUCUUGUAGGUCCCAGUCUUCACGUUUUGUUUAUAAUGCAAGACCAUCUCCAAUUGUUCUCAAGACUGACCAUGCAAUUGAUCCCUCUGAACCAAAGAAUUUGGAUGCAAGUUCCUCAGCUUCAAGAAGUGGACCUUACAUUGGGACUUGUCAUCCAUCAGGCGCAGCUGGAGUAAUGGGUGCGUCUUCCUCUUCAUCCCUCAGAUUUUUAGAGAAAUUUGUGAGUUGGAGCACUAGAGGUGGAGAAGAGGCACCUCCAUUCAUCAUCUGCAAUGAUCCUCUUGUCAAGAAAGAGCUGUUGCCAUCUGGAACCCAAUCCACUUCUGGCUGCAGUAUUGCUCUUGGGAAGAUUAGGCAGAAGAGGCUCUUCUUGGAGCAAUCUGGAGCAUGCUGUAUUGUUAUGCCAUGCCAGUUCUUACAUGCCUGGCACCAUGAGAUUUCACAGGGUUGCUCGGUUCCAUUCCUCCAUGUUGGUGAUUGCGUUGUAAAGGAACUCAAAGCAGCUAACUUGAAACCUGUUGAGUAUGGAAGUAAUGUCCGUGUAGGAGUUCUGUCCACUGACAAUACAUUGGCUACAAACUGUUAUCUAGACAAGUUGGAGAGCCAGGGUUUUGAGGUACUAUGUCCAGAUAAAGCUUCCAUGGAGCGUACAGUGUUACCAUCAGUCGAUGCAUUCAGGAAGGGGGACAUGGAAGGCGCAAGAAACCUGUUGCGAGUAUCGCUGCAGGUUCUUCUUGUGAGAGCUGUCAAUAAGAUAAUCCUUGCCUCCGAUGACCUUGUAGGCAUUUUGCCUGAUGAUGACCCUCUGCUCAAGAAAUGUAUAGACCCAUUGGAUGCCUUGGUCCGAGAGGCCAUCGUAUGCGCACGAGCACCACGACCAUGAUGUGCCCAAUUACUCUGUUUCCUUGCUCGUAUAGGCCUUCAGUGGUAGCUGUUUACACACACCUUGACUGCUGAUGAGCACAUAUGUAAAUUUUACAAUAAGAUAAAAAAGGAAGGAUUCCUCUCGGCCAAGAUCAUCGAUGGUUAAUUGAUUGAACACAUCAAUAAGCAUUUUCAUCUGUGUUAUUAAGCUUCUGCCUCGCAAGUUGCAACCAAGUCAACCGAGAUGCCGAUGACUCCAUCUGUGAUCUGUGAGCCCAGAUAUGUGAAAACAUUUUGUGGCUCGGCUACUGCAACGAGAAAUUCUGAACAAGAAUCUUGGAAUCUAACUGCAGAUGUGAUGUUUCAGGAGAUCAGGUUGUUGAUAGAAGUAGAACAAAAUGAAGACACCGUCGAAUCUGCGGCACGCCCAGGGAGCACAUUUUUCCGUUUCAGAUAAGUUGCAACCGUAGCUGUCACAGUGUUUAUUUAGCUUUGGUGUUUGUAGCCAGGAGGCGGAGAUUGUUGAAUGGCUAUCUAAAUUAGAAAGAAUGUAUCCAAAAUUUUUGGUGAAUAAAUACGGCUUUGUAAGUGCUGCAGCCACUACAAAUUCUUCAAGACAUCAAUUGAGAAGACAGAGCAUCUGCGACUAUAUGAUCUUCCUCUAUCACAGUAGAAUUACAUGCCCGAACCUGCAAAAGGCAGCUAUCAGUGUGUCAUCAGGAGUUGUAACAGUGCAUUUGACCUGGGAAAGCUGGUAGUGGGUCCCUGGUCACUGGUAUUCCAGAGAAUCUACUGAUUGGUGUGGAAUGGAGAAGAGGGCAUAGAUGAAUGUUCUAAGCAGGGGGGCGGUUGGAACGGGGGACUGCAAAAGCGGUGCAUGAUUAGCGGGCAGCGAUGCAGGCUGUCUGCAGGCCCUGCACCAAACAAGUGGCGUGGCGGUUGCCCUUUCUCUCAAUGCAGGAACCAGAGGGUCAGAGGCACAAAGGGGAAGGAAACCACCAAUUGGCUGCCUUUGUUGAGGGUAAGGCAGGAGGAACUCAGGCUAAGACUGAAGCACUCACUCUCCACUUUGUGCAUGCUCAGCGAUAUGCAUGGUCAUGCUCAUUGCUUUUGUGUGCUAUCUAUAUAUUCUGAUGCUUCCUUCUCCUCAUCAUCACCUUGUCAGACUUUUCCUUAUAUACAUUUUCUAUUUUAAUUUCGCAAAAGGGUGGUGUUUCGGA